GCAACUCCCUCUUUCUCUCUCUUCUUUUUAAGUCUUUCUCUCUCUUCUAUAUAAGUAUUUCUCUCUCUUCUUUUUAAGUGGCUGUUUGUCCUGUUUCUUCAUACUGCGAAUUUAUUUCUCUCUCUGCAACACUUCGGCUGUUGGGCUCUGGGUAAACAAUACAGAUUGUGGUUCUGCCUGGUACAAACAUAGCACGCCACCAGGUUGUAUCAGACUUAGAGAGAGAAAGCAGCAGAGAGAGAGAGGGAAUCAGUUUUUAUUUACUAUGACUACCUGUUGUUUGGCUUAUUGGUGUUCUGUUUACAUCUCUUCUGGGGACCAUUCAUAAGUUCAAACCACUGUAAUCCCUUUUGGGUCUGUCUUUCUCUCUCUACACUUCUAUCCUUUUUCUUGAACUGUGUGUUUCUCCAUUCCAUAGGAUAGCUCGAGAUUUGCUCUGUGUUUUCAGAUUCUGGGUUUUCCUUCUCUCCUCUCUCUAGACCAACCCCAUAUUUUGGUUUGUCUCUCUGAACUCUCUUUCUCUCUAGUCUCUACCAUAGGAAUCUCUGUAACCCUGAGUUUUAAGCAUGAAUUCCUUUGUUUUUCUCUAUCUCCCUUCUUCUUUCUUCAAUCUUUGCAGCUUCACAGUUACUGUUAUUUCAUGAAACGAAAGUAAAAAUUUAAUUUUUUGAGUUCUCUGUUUUUUCUUUCUUCUCUCAAUAAAAAACAGACACUCAUAGGAUUCUUAUCUUUCUCUCUCCCAUGGAUUCAACUCGCAUGAGUGUUCUCUUCCUGCUGAUAGCUCUGUGCUCCCCUUUCAAUUUCAUCCAAAGCCCAAUGGAUUUUGGCCCCUUAAACUUCCUCCAAACCAGUGACAGUGCCGCCAUAGACUUUGGCAGGAUUUUCUUUAACUCCCCCUCUGCAAUCCUUCAACCAAAUUCAGUUGAUGAAAUCUCUCUCUUACUAAAAUUUAUCUCUCUCUCUUCCUAUAGCAAAGUUACAGUGGCAGCAAGGGGAGCAGGGCACUCCAUCCAUGGCCAGGCCCAAGCUCCCAAUGGCAUUGUCAUAGAAAUGGAUUCGCUCCCUCUCUCUCUUAAAAUCCACAGGAAAGGGAAGAGAGAUGAAGGAUAUUCUUAUGCAGAUGUGAGUGGUGGGGCUCUCUGGAUUGAGGUCUUGAGAGAAAGCCUGAAGCAUGGGCUUGCUCCAAGGUCCUGGACUGAUUAUCUCUAUUUGAGUGUUGGUGGAACUCUCUCUAAUGCUGGAAUCAGUGGCCAAACCUUCAAGCAUGGCCCUCAGAUCAGUAAUGUUCUGAAACUCGAUGUGAUCACAGGAACAGGGGAAAUUGUGAGGUGCUCUCCGAGCAAGAGGGCAGAACUUUUCUAUGGGGUUUUAGGAGGGCUUGGUCAAUUUGGGAUCAUAACCAGUGCCAGGAUUGUGCUAGAAGAUGCACCUCAUAAGGUAAAAUGGGUGCGGGCAUUCUAUGAUGAUUUUGGGGCUUUUACAGAGGACCAAGAAAUGCUGGUUUCAAUGGCAGAUAAGGUGGAUUAUGUUGAGGGUUUUAUGGUAUUAAAUGAGCAGUCUUUGGAAGGUGCUUCCGUUGCCUUUCCCUCACAUUUCCACUUUAUUGCCUCCAAUACCAAUAAUACCUCCCAAGUUUACUAUUGCGUUGAGAUUGCGUUUUAUUAUUACUCCCAAAAGGCAUCCCAUGUGGAAAAGGUUGCAAAGGAGACACUACGAAAGCUAGACUGCAUCCCCUCUCUUGUGUAUGAAACGGAGGUGUCCUACUUUGAUUUCUUGAACCGCGUGAGUGCCGAAGAGGCAAACCUUCGGGCUCGUGGUUUGUGGGAGGUGGCUCACCCAUGGCUCAAUAUGUUUGUGCCAAGGUCCCAAAUAAAGGCCUUCAAAGACCUCCUACUGCAAACCAUAUCACCAGACCAUUUUGAGGGGCCAAUCCUUAUCUAUCCAAUUCGAAGAGACAAGUGGAAUGGAAACACAUCAGCUGUUUUACCAGAAGAUAAAGAGAACAUUCUUUACAUAGUGGGCAUGCUAAGGUCAGCCUCUCCUCAAUGUGUAUCAGAAUCUCCAUGCCUUCAAUCCUAUCUACAGCAAAACAACAAGAUCACAGAAGGGGCCACCUCCAUCUCCUUACAUUCAAAUUCCAAAAUUCAAAUUGCAGACCCCAACGGUCAAGAUCAUGAACUUGAGACGAUUUCUGGAUCCGAUAGCCUGAAGCGGUCGGACCUUGGUGGGAAACUGUAUUUGUCAUAUUACUCUGAGGAGGAGCACUGGAAGAAACAUUUUGGUGGGAAAUGGGAGAGAUUUUUGGCGCGAAAGAAGAUGUUUGAUCCGCUCCAGAUACUAGCUCCAGGGCAAAGAAUUUUUAAGAGGAAAUACAGUGCGCAUUUAUGAAUUUUUGUUUAGCUUUUUUUCUUUUUACUUUUAUUGGGGAGGGGGGAGAGGAAGUUUGUGUUUUAAAUCCAUUUAUGGGUAUAUGGGCUGUUGUACAGAGAGGAGAAGGGGAAAGUAAAUGUUACAGAGCUCAAGGUCUUCUGCCCCAUGUUUUUUUCUCUCUUUUCAAUAUAGCUAAAG